CCUCAGGGAAAAACGAUUGAUUCGAAGGUCUACUGCACGCAGUAAACGAAAUUGAAUCAAGCAUUGCGACAGAAACGUCCAGAACUGGUCAAUCGCAAAGGUGUCAUAUUCCACCAUGACAACGCCAGACCCCACACCGCAAUAAUCACUCAGCAAAAAUUAGUGCAACUUGGCUGGGAUGUUUUGCCCCACCCACCGUAUUCACCAGACCUUGCGCCAUCCGACUACCACUUGUUCCGGUCCCUACAAAACUCCCUCAACGGGAAAUCGUUCGCUGAUCAGACAGCUGUAAAAACGUACCUCGACCGGUUUUUCGCCUCUAAGCCCCAGACCUUCUAUGAGAGUGGAAUAAUGAAAUUGUUGAAAAGAUGGCAAGAGGUCAUCAACAAAAACGUAUAUAUCAUACGGAGAAUAUAUCAUUGAUUAAAAUUCAUUCUUUGUAUGAAAAAAACUUGUUUCAUUUUAGCCUUCAAAAACCGAGAUUAUAUGAAUCCACCCAAUAUUAUCAUAUAUUAAAUGUAAAACAAGGACAGAGUAAUAUUGAUAGCAUUAUCUUAACACAUACUUGUAACAUUUAUUUCACUAAAUUCACUAGUAUAUUAUGCGAUAGGAGUUGCUGUGACGAGCAGUAGUAUGCAACAACUCGCACCAACGGUAUCGCAAGUGUUCUGUGUGUAGCCAGUCGUAUUUCAUGAAACGUUUAAAAAGAGAUUGUAAAAAGAUCUUGUAAUAACAUCUAUUUCUGCCAUGGAAUAUUGGUCGAUACUAUUAUCGAUAGUGAUCGGUGUGAUCAGCAUUAAUUAUCUUUUUAAAAAUUUUAAUUUCUUUAAAAGAAAUGAUAUUAUACACAUGCCGCCUGUUCCAUUAUUUGGAUCCGCGAUGUCGGUUCUAUUCCGUCGGAUGUCAUACUCUGAUUUCUUGUUGAAGAUAUACAAUUUCAAUCCAAACGCAAAGUAUCUUGGAUUGUACUUCACGACAAUUCCAAUCUUCUUACUUCGCGAUCUCGAACUCAUUAAAACUGUCCUUGUUAAAAAUUUUGAGGCGUUUCCAGAUCGUCGUGGUUUCGCCGACUUUAACGAUUUUUUAUUUAAGAAAAAUUUGUUUUCUCUUAGCGGAGAAGAAUGGCGGAAUGUGAGAAAUCUGUUGACUCCGUCUUUUACUUCCAGCAAGAUGAAAAUGAUGUUCACAUUGAUGUCCGAAUGUGCUGUGGAUUUUGCAAAAUUUCUAUUAUCACCAGCAAAUAAAGGCGAUAUAAACAUGAAAGACGUCUGUUCUAAAUAUACAAACGACGUCAUCGCUACCUGUGCAUUUGGAAUCAAAGUCAAUUCUAUGAAGGAUCCAACGAAUAAAUUCUAUACUUACGGCAAGGAGGCGAGUAACUUCAAAGGAGUCAGUCGCAAUAUAAAGUUCUUUUUUAUUGGAAUGUUUCCGACACUUGUGCGAAUUCUCAAUAUGAAAUUUAUAGACGAUUAUUUAUCAAAUUUCUUCAAAGACAUUAUAAGGACUACAAUCGCAACUCGCGACGCAGAACACAUUACACGUCCGGAUAUGCUGCAGUUAAUGAUGGAUAUGAGAGGCAAAGAAGGUCACAGAGAAUUAGACAUCGACGACAUGACUGCGCAAGCGUUCAUCUUUUUCCUCGCCGGUUUCGAGACCAGUUCCACUGCAAUGUGCUUUGCAGCUCACGAAAUAGCAGCUAAUCCAGAAAUUCAGUUAAAAUUGCAACAAGAGAUCGACAAAGUUUUGGACGAAUCGAACGGAGAAGUGUCUUACGAAACCAUUAAUCGACUCGAAUAUUUAGAUGCGGUGAUAAGUGAGGCUCUUAGAUUAUAUCCACCAAUCACAGCAUUAGAAAGAAUAUGUAAAAAAACUUUUGAGUUACCACCCGCGUUGCCGAACGAGAAACCUUUUAUCAUGAAGAAAGGUAUGGUUGCUUGGAUUCCUGUUCUUGCAAUCCAUCAUGAUGAAAAGUAUUACGACAAUCCGAAGAAAUUUGAUCCAGAAAGAUUUUUAAACAACAAGAUGAACAAUUCUUCGAAUUAUAUGCCAUUUGGAUUAGGACCGAGAAUGUGCAUAGCUAAUAGGUUUGCCAUGCUGGAAGUCAAAAUAUUGUUCUUUCACUUAUUAGCGCGAUGUGAGCUAAAACCUUCUGCAAAGACUAGGUCCCCAAUAGAAUUUUACAAAGAUUUCAUGAUAAUGCCGAAAAAUGGAUUCUGGUUGAAUAUUCAGCGUAGAAAAAAUAUGCAUCCUGUAUUGGAGUCUAUUCCUGUAGUAACGGAUUAAGCCUCAGAAAACAUUUGAAAUGCUUCAAUUCAUGUUUGUCAUUUAAGGGUCCGCAUCGGCCUGUGCUGUAUAGAACUGAUUAAUGUAUUAUAUUUACAAAUUUUCAACAGUAAUUUGUAAAUAUUAACAUUAUCAAUAA